AUGCGCAUCGUGUCGUUCAACGUCAACGGGCUGCGCGCGCGAGUGCAGCAGCACGGCUCGCUCGGCGCGCUGCUCUCCGCGCUCGACGCUGACAUCGUGUGCUUGCAGGAGACGAAGCUAGCGCGGCAGGACGUGACAGCGGACGUGGCCAUCACCCCCGGCUACGAGGCCUUCUUCUCCUUCAACCGCGCCCCCUCCCGCGGCCGCCUCGCCUACUCCGUGCUAUUCAAUGUGUACGUGCCGCGAGUGGCCCCAGGGGAUGCCGAGCGCCUGCGCUUCAAAAUGAACUUUCUCACGGCGCUUCAGCGGCGCAUGCAGCGGGAGCUGCAGGCAGGAGGCAAGGCGGUGGUGGUGGCGGGGGAUUUCAACAUCUGCCCUCACCCCAUCGACUCCUGCGACCCUUGCUCGGACUUUGAUAGUAACCCGUAUGUGGGAUUGGAUAAUGGGUGGGCUGAUCGGGAUGGUGCCGCCAGUGGCUACACGGGUUUUGGGACCCAUCCCUCUUUCUCCUUCCACCAUGCCUCUGCCUCACCCACCAUGCUUCUCUUUCCUCUCUCCCCGUUCUCCAUGCUCCAUGCUGCAUGUUCCAUGCACCCACCACAGCUGGCAUCAGGGCCGAUCGUGCCAGCACUGGCGGCUCGGUUCAUGCCGGAGAUAAGGGGCAGGCAGGCCACUCUAGGGGAGGCGUGGAAACGGGAGGUCCGGCAGGCAGGGAGGGUGGGCGAGAGAGCGAGGGUUGGCGAGGCAGGGACGGUGGGCGAGGCAGGGACGGUGGGCGAGGCAGGGGAAAAUGCGAGUAAUGGGAUAGGUCAGGAGGACGUGUUUGGAAAAGGGUAUGAGAAUCGGGAUGAGGGAUGCCUUGCUAGAGUGGGCUCUGCUGCUGUGGGCUGCUGCUGCAGUAAGGAUGGAGGACGUGGGAGCCUGGAGGGUUUGGUUGGCAAGGGCAACCCUGGUAUUCACACCACGACAGCACCUGCUUUGGUUGCAGUAACGUGCAGUUUUGGGGAAUGCACCAACAGCCAGCACAUCGCUGCCACUCCACCUGCUGCUACUCCAUCCGUGGCAGUCGCUGAUGCAGCGGUGAGAGAAGCGGCAGCGGUUGCAGCGGCAGCAGCAGCAGCUUGUGAUGGUGCUGGUGGUGGUGGUGGUGAUGGUGAUGGUGGUGUUAUUGUUGGUGUUGGCAGCAGAGCCAGUGGAAGGAUUAUGAGGCAGGGUGGGAGAAAUGGAACAAGACGAAGGGGAGAAGGGGGGAGGGGAGGAGGAAGAAAGGGGCGAGGAGGAGGUGGGGAGCAGAUGCGAUUGCAGGCGUUUUUUAGACCAGAGAACAGAAGGCAAGCAGCAGUAGAGGUGGGAGAGGGUGAAGGAUGCAGAGCGAGGGGGGAAGGAGGAGUGUGGGGAACUGAUAGAAGGGUGGCAGGAGGAAGUGUGAGAGGGGAGAGGAGGGAAGUGGUAGUAGCAGCAGCGGUGGGGGAAGUUCAAGGGGUGUGUGCUGCCACAGAGUGGGGAGCAGCGAGAGCAGAGGGAGCAGAGAGAACAGAAGGAGCAGAGAGAACAGAGGGAGCAGCGAGACGGAUGCAAGUAGGGAAUCAAGUUGUGAUGACUCAUCUCUGCAUAGGCCAGAGGGAAGGCGAGGAGGGUGGAGCGGAUGUGGGAUGGUGUGGAAGGAUCAGUCCUGGGGGAACACAGGCAGCAGCUGCUCAGGACGCUCUGUGCAUAGUAGGUGGGUGGAACAGGGAACGCACUGGGGAGGAGGGUGCACAUGCACAUGCACAUGCGGGAGCAGCGGCGGCAUGUGAUGGUGAUGCAGCAGAAGAAGCAAGGAUGCACGGGUGGAUUCAGCAGCAGCAACAACAACCACAGCAGCAGCAGCAGCAGCAGCAGCAGCAGCAGCAGCAGCAGCAGCAGCAGCAGCAUGAGCGGUUGCAGCAGUGGCAGGGGGUGUUAGCGCGCAUGCAGGCAGGGCUGCCGCGGUGUGCGGGGCAUGGCGAGGCGUGUGUGGUGCGCGUGGUGAAGAGGCCAGGUGCCAACAAGGGCAGAGGCUUCUAUGUCUGUGCUCGAGCCAAGCCCUUCACUUCCACCAAAGCUAUCUAG